UAAUGUGGUGUUCACGUCAUUUCACGAUGUUGAAAUUAUGAUCUGUUUUUGUACACGGCGUUCGCGUAUAGUCCUUUGAGACCCAGCUUGUUCUGAUGGAUCACAUACAUACAAUUCGAAAUACCUAAGAUCAGACAAAUUUCACCGUUCAGUUAAACUCACAUUUAUUGGGCAUAAUUUUCGUCUCUAAUUUUAACGUGUAGUUUUUUCAUCUACACAGAACAAGUUGUUUUUCGUGCAGCACCAGUCAUGCAGCUGAAUUAGUGCUCGUGAUUUCUCUAAACCGAAAAUGGAAACCACUGUUUCAUCUGUCCUACGUGACUUGAACGCGGCCUAAGCAUCAGAUCCGGAGGAGCUCGGCGAGUUUGUAGCUGAUAUAAACUGCCUAUCCGUAGUUUGUGUAAAGGUGGGGAUCUAUCGAGUUAGAAUGAGAACGUAAAAUAAAAAUGAUGGAGUAGUUUGCGACUCUAAUGGCUUUUGUACUUCGCUGCUCUGAGACAGAGGUGGGAUGUCGGGCACCAACAUGGAAACAAAAAGAGUGGAGAUCCCCUCCGGCGUUCUGGAUGAUCUCUGCAGGAUGUACAAUACAUCAAACAGACACCCACCACUUUGGAAGGAGCGUUAUGCAAGUUGCUGGGAGCAUAAAUUGCCAUCCAUCGUGGAAGGAUCGUGGAUUCAAACAGUAAAGGCCUGAGGACAAUAACUUUUACGCCGGUUCAUCCUGCACAUUCCCAGUGAGGAAAGGGACAAUGCUAUCCGAGUUUGCUUCCAGAUCGAGCUGGCCCACUGGUUCUACCUGGACUUCUGCAUGCAAAACACUCCAGGAGCUCCUCACUGUGGGAUAAGAGACUUUGCCAAAGCUGUAUUCCAUCACUGUCCGUUUCUGUUGCCUCAUGGAGAAGAUGUGCAGAAAGUUCUCGAGCAAUGGAAGGAAUACAAGAUGGGCGUGCCCACUUAUGGUGCAAUCAUUCUAGAUGAAGCCCUUGAAAACGUACUGCUUGUUCAGGGCUACCUUGCAAAAUCUGGCUGGGGCUUUCCAAAGGGGAAGGUUAAUGAGGAUGAAGCACCAUAUGACUGUGCAGUUCGUGAAGUGUUAGAGGAGACGGGCUUUGACAUCAAAAAUCGCAUCUGCAAGGAUGCGUACAUAGAGCAGAAAAUCACUGACCAGCUGGUGCGGCUCUACAUCAUACCAGGAGUGUCUAAGGAUACAAAGUUCAACCCCAAAACUAGAAAAGAGAUCAGGAACAUUGAAUGGUUUCCUAUGGAGAAGCUGCCCUGUCACAGGAACGACAUGACCCCAAAGUCGAAACUUGGACUUGCCCCAAACAGAUUUUUCAUGGCCAUUCCAUUUAUAAGACCGCUGCGAGAUUGGAUUAGCCGGAGAAAAGGCGAAUCAACAGACAGCGAUGAAGACUUCACAAACACCGGCAACACUCGAUCAAAAUCCCGUCACCUCACAGGUACUGAUGCAUUUCCAGGAGAGGGCUGGAUAAAACACAAGCAGCAGAAGACUCUGGGCCAGUUAAGCCAGUUUGACCUGAGCCAGAAACCAAAUAUGAAAGGCAAUGGGAAGAAAUGUCAGGACUUGGCUUAUAUGAAGAAAAGCUCUUAUGACAAUGGAGCCAGCAGCCAGCAGGUGAAAACCAUAUUAAAGGAUGAUAAAAGACUUCUGCCACGAAGACUGCAAGACAGUUUUGAGAGAGAUGCGGCUUCGAGCAGCUCCUGCGGUCAUCAAACAUUUGAGAGGAAAGACUGUGAGCCUUUCCUGUCCUCUAAGGCUUUCCUGAACUUCAGGUUUGACAGAGAUGCCAUCAUGAAGAGUUUUGACUACUGAUAUCACUGCUGUUGAUCUGUGCCUCCUCUGUAACAUCAAACCUCGAUCUCAGGAGACUUUUUUAAAGUUAUGGAUGUGAGUAAACAAGCUCCUUCUCAUCUUGACUUGCUUUUCGUGCGCACACAUUUACCAAGGGAAGUUGCCUGUCAUUGGCAGCAUGGAGUAUCACGUAGUAGAGGACUACACAGGUAAAUCAUCUUUUACAGGCAAAUUAUGUUUUGAAAACAUUUACUGUCAACAUUUUAUGUUGACAGUAAAAGGUGGGAAAUGAAUCAUUAGUGCAUUUGGCCAGCAAAUCAUUAUUAAAUCUGUCAAGUUAUGUAUUGAUUUUAAGGUAUUUGGAUAAUAGUCUCCUCCAGUCAUUCAGUUAAGUAGCAUAAAUGUUCUGCAGGCUGACUUUUAACAGUGAUAUUAAAUUACAGUGUUAUUAGCUUCUUUUUCCCUCUAAAGCUACUUAAGUUUUUAUGCAAGAACAUAACGACUUGGGAGAGGAGGAAAGUUGUCUUUUAAUUAAAUCUGAUUAAAUUCACGUGACUCUGUUGUGUACGGCUGCCAGUAUUUAAAACAAAAUCACUAAAUCAGACUGAUGUUUGAGGAUCCAGGAUUAAAUGAGAACGUCAGCCAUGAUGAGAAUUUCCAUCCUGAAAACUAACUGAAUGACCGUGAAGCGAGAUGCUGCAUCAGAAUGAAAUCAAACUGAAGACAGUUCAGAUGGAGCCUGGACUGUAUCCCAGUUUAAAUAUGAAAAUCCAAGUCAGUUCACUUUCACUUUAAUUAGCAUUGUGGUAAUGCAGUACUCCUGAGCAUGGACACAUGAGUUUAAUUUUUUUUUUUUUUUAUUUUGGUAUAAUUUUUGCAUUUUCUCCACCAAAUGUGAAAAUUUAAAAGGCUGACUUUUGCCAUGCAUCCAAAAGUCUGUUUUUAACAGUCUUAAUUAUAACUUGUUGCCAUCUCAAUUUCCAAUAUUUCUGAAAGGAAAAGUUCUCCAUUAUGGUGACAGUACUCAUGUCACAUGAUGGAAGAUAACUGCAGUGAACCACUACAUUUGAAAACAAAAGCAAAGUCAGUUUUCAGAGAUUAAAUUUCCAUCACAUGAGUACCUGUUCUGGAAGUCUUUCAACCCACGUGUAGCAGUUCUUAUUCUCCCAACGUGGUGUCAUACACAUGAGCAAUGACUGCAAUGCAAGAGCUCCUCGUGUGAAGUUCAUUCCUGGGACUUGGAAUUGACUGUAAUUGAUUUUGUGGUGUUUUGACUUUAAAUGGGAAUGUUAAUAAAGUCUGUUUCUUUUUUCAUUCUCAGCUUUUAACUUCCUAAAAAAUAAAAUCAAGAUACAUCAAGAAAUACAGUUCAAAAUGGUGUGGAAAUUGUAUACAACUGUCACAUUGUUAUUGUAAAGGCUUAAAUACACAUCUGAUUUUUUAAAAAUAUUUUUUUUCUAAUAAAAUUGUAUUUUUUCUGA